UUUUCGGCUGUUAACGUACCAUCAACUACGCACAAGUUCAAUUAACGAAGAUGCAAGGUUGGGUUCGAGCGUUAAUCAUAGUCGGCUUCUUGUUCCCAUUGUUGGUUCAAGGUCGCAUACGUCACUACAAGUUCAAUGUGGUUACAAAGAACGCGAAUCGUUUAUGCUCAAGCAAGCCCAUUGUCACGGUUAAUGGUCGAUUUCCUGGACCGACACUAUAUGCUCGGGAGGGUGACAAUGUCCUCGUAAAGGUUGUCAACCAUGUCAAGUAUAACGUCUCCAUCCAUUGGCAUGGAAUAAGACAAUUGCGCACAGGUUGGGCAGACGGGCCCGCAUACAUAACACAAUGCCCGAUCCAGCCAGGGCAAAACUAUGUUUACAACUUCACCAUUACAGGGCAACGAGGCACACUUUUUUGGCAUGCUCAUAUUCUUUGGUUAAGAGCUACCGUACAUGGUGCUAUCGUCAUCUUGCCCAAACUUGGUGUUCCAUAUCCCUUUCUUAAACCCCAUAUGGAACAAGUUGUGAUUUUAGGUGAAUGGUGGAAAUCAGAUACCGAAGCAGUGAUCAAUCAAGCAUUAAAAUCUGGGCUAGCACCCAACGUUUCAGAUGCACAUACUAUUAAUGGUCACCCGGGACGAGUUCAUGGUUGUCAAACACAAGGAGGGUUUCAAUUGAGUGUGGAAAAAGGAAAAUCGUACAUGCUACGUAUAAUCAACGCUGCACUCAAUGAAGAGUUGUUCUUUAAGAUCGCUGGCCACAAGCUCACGGUGGUUGAAGUGGAUGCCGUCUAUGUCAAACCCUUUAAAACCGACACAAUUGUCAUAGCACCGGGCCAAACUACCAAUGUCAUCGUCAUAGCCGACAAGAAAUCCGGUAAGUACAUGAUGAUUGCCUCCCCAUUCAUGGACUCACCGAUUGCAGUCGACAACAAGACCGCCACCGCCGCCAUUCACUACACCGGCACCCUUUCUCCCACCUCUACCAUCCUAACCACCCCACCACCUCAAAAUGCCACCGCGGUCGCAAACAAAUUUAUAGAUUCCCUCCGUAGUUUAAAUUCAAAAAGAUUUCCAGCCAAAGUGCCCUUGAGAAUUAACCACUCCUUAUAUUUCACGGUUGGGCUUGGUAUCAACCCAUGCCCGACUUGUAAAGCGGGUAAUGGAAGUCGAGUUGUGGCCGGUGUAAACAAUGUGACCUUUGUUAUGCCCACCACAGCUCUUCUUCAAGCACAUUAUUUCAAAAAGAAAGGAGUCUUUACCGCUGAUUUUCCGGGUAACCCACCUAUUGCUUUCAAUUACACCGGAACCCCACCCGCAAACUUGGCCACAAACAAUGGGACAAAGCUCUACCGGCUAAAAUACAACUCAACUGUCGAGUUGGUACUUCAAGACACAAGUAUCAUUGCUGCCGAGAAUCACCCGAUACAUCUACACGGCUUCAAUUUCUUCGCUAUUGGCAAGGGGAUUGGCAACUAUAACCCGAAGAUAGAUUCGAAGAAGUUUAACCUUGUUGAUCCUGUUGAGAGGAAUACGAUUGGUGUGCCUUCGGGUGGUUGGGUUGCUAUUCGAUUUCGAGCUGAUAAUCCCGGUGUGUGGUUCUUGCAUUGUCAUUUGGAGGUGCAUACAACUUGGGGGUUAAAGAUGGCGUUUUUGGUUGAAAAUGGAAAUGGACCAAAUGAGUCGCUUCUACCACCUCCAAAGGAUUUGCCGAAAUGUUAGAGAGGGAUUUAUUUUUUGAAGAACCAUAAUAUGUUUUUCAAGUGAUUUUUUGUUGUCUGGUAAUGAAAAAAUGUUACGAAUUAUGGUUAAGUCUUAGUAUUGAUUUUGGUUUCAUUGUUUUAACAAGAGGAUCGGACUGGCCGGACUCGGAUUCGCUCACCC